AUGCUUUCCCUGUUCCUCCUCGCCAUUACGGAAUCCUAUCUUCACCGUCGUUCCUUUUUCGUCCACCGUCCCUCGGCCCCCCUUGAUGCCCCCUUCGCAACCUCUUGCCGCGAGCCCGACCUAUCCGCCCCGCGCGAAGAUGCCGUGUUCGUGAUGAUGGCGCGGAACUCGGAGCGCGAGCAGGCGCGGCAUACCAUCGUAUCCCUCGAGCAGCACUUCAAUCGGUGGUACACGUAUCCAAUCAUCUUCUUCAACGACGAAGAGUGGGAGCAAGAAUUCAUUGACGCCAUACGGGGGUCCACGGCCGCCAACGUCAGCUUCGAAGUCAUCCCGCCCGAAGUAUGGGGGUUUCCCGAGGGCAUGGACGCCGACGCGGCGCGCGCAGCGAUCAAAGAACAGGAGGAGAAGAACGUCUUUCACGGCGGGGAGGAGGGGUAUCACCGCAUGUGCCGCUUCUAUUCGGGGUACGUUUCUCUCUUAUCCUUCAUCUCUGCCAUCGACACUCUCAACUUGGGGGGUCCAGUUUCGAGACGCCGUCCCUUGCGCUGCCCUUCGUCCCCUUUGCUCCCAUGCAUCUCUGCACAGGAACUCGCUGAUGAGAAUGCCAACAAACACAGCCAGCUCUACAACCUCGACGUCAUGCAGCCGUACCGCUGGUACUGGCGCCUCGACCCGGACACGGACUUUUACUGCGCCCUGACCUACGACCCGUUCGCCGAGAUGGCCCGCACCGGCAAGGUCUACGGCUACACCAUUGCCCUCCGGGAACUGCUCAACACGGUGCCGUCGCUGUUCGCGCGCACGAGCGCCUACAAGGAGGCCAAGGGCCUGCCGACGCUGGGGCUGUGGCGGGCUACCGUCAACGCGGCCGUGCUGCCGUGGCCGCUGAGGGGAUGGCUGGGCCUGUUCCUCGACAACACGGACCGGCGCGGGGACUCGUGGAGCGGGUGCCACUACUGGAGCAACUUUGAGAUUGGGGACAUGGACUUCUUCAGAGGCCGGCGGUAUCAGGACUAUUUUGCGGCGAUGGAUGAGGCGGGGGGGGUUCUUUUUUGA